UGUAUAAAAAGAUAUUCAAUCGAAGAACUCACGCACAGAGAGAAAGUGAGAAAAAGCGAGAGGGAGAGAGAAAGUGCGACCUGAAGACCCGACUACCGCAGCACUGCUCGCUAUCUGAGAACGAAGAAAAAGAAGUUUAAAGAGACUGAAUUGCUGUGAAAUAAUUUAGGGUUGGAAUUUGGAAAAAUAUUCUUCUCACUCAAAUUUUCCCUUUUGCCAUUUCUGGAAAUAAUUAGCUGCUGUGUUUGAGAGCUCGGAAUUCAGAAUUGAAAACCAUCUUCUUCUUCUUCUUCUUCUUCUUCUUCUUCUUCUUCUUCCUGAAGAAAUUGUCCAUACAAAGUAUAGAAGCUGAACAGUUGCAGAUUUGCUCGAUUUGGUAUUAUCAGUACCUCGAGACGUUAAUUGAGAUAGUUGAAUUGUUCGGAAGAAAGAAUUUUAUCCAGAAAAAAACAUUCUGAGAAAAAUUCUCCUACGUAACUACUGCAAAAUUUCAGCUGUUUGGUUCCGAUUCUUUCCCGAGAAAAUUCUUAACGAGAAUGAUAAAAAGUACUUAAUGCGCCUCUGAUCUUCAUCUGAAGGCGAAAUUGCUCAUCGAAAAUACUCUCAGUCACGGAUCUAAGAAAGCUCUCGUUAGAAUUCGAAGAUUUCUAACUUUUUAAUUGAAAUUUCGCUCCGUUUAGUAACAAUUCUGCUAUCGGAGAAUUUCAUUUUCAAAAUUCCGUAAAAUUUGAAACAAAAAAUAGCAUCUAAGCUGUGGAUGGAGCUUUCUCAACCUCGUCCCUACGGAACCGAAGGAAGAAAACCAACACACGACUUUCUUUCACUAUACAGUCAUUCAACUGCUCAUCAAGAUCCAAGACCACCUUCUGAAGGAGGUUACCUCAAAACUCAUGAUUUCCUACAACCACUCGAACGAGUAGGGAAGACCUGUGCUAAAGAAGAAGCCUCAGUCGAGAUAUCAACAAGCGAGAAGCCACCACCUCCGGCACCACCUCCUGUGGAGCACGUUCUCCCCGGUGGGAUUGGGACUUACAGUAUAAGCCACAUUUCAUAUUUCAAUCAAAUUCAAAGCAGGGUUCCAAAACCAGAGGGAAUGGUGUAUCCAGCUGCUCAAGCGAGUAGUACUGACAGAAAUGAUGAGAAUUCCAACUGUAGUUCUUUUACCGGAAGUGGAUUCACUUUGUGGGAAGAACCAGCGGUGAAGAAGGGAAAGACAGGGAAGGAGAAUAUGGCCGUAGACAAACCCGGUGUUUUAGAGCCUGCGGUCAGAGUAGGACAAUGGGCAUCAUCGGAGCGGCCGUCACAGUCAUCUUCCAGCAAUCAUCGAGGCAGCUUCAGCUCUCUUUCUUCAUCUCAGCCAUCAGCGCAGAGGAACCAGAGCUUCAUGGAGAUGAUAAAGUCCGCCAAGGGUUGUUCCCAGGAAGAAGAACUUGAGGAAGAGGACCAGUUUGUUCAUAAAAAAGAAGUCUCUACUGCUACUACGCAAAGAGGAGAAUUGAGGGUAAAAGUUGAUGGCAAGAGCUCCGAUCAGAAGGCUAACACACCACGGUCAAAGCAUUCUGCUACAGAGCAACGUCGAAGAAGCAAAAUUAAUGACAGGUUUCAGAGGUUAAGAGAACUCAUCCCCAAUAUUGACCAAAAGAGAGAUAAGGCAUCAUUCUUGUUAGAGGUUAUUGAGUACAUUCAGUAUCUUCAAGAAAAAGUACAUAAACACGAGGGGUCUUUUCAAGGAUGGAGCAAUGAACCGGAAAAGUUGAUGCCUUGGAGAAACAAUCACAGGCUUGUGGAAGCUUUUGAUCAUUCUCAAGGCUUGAAUGGUGUGUCUGGUCCUCCAUUAGUUUUUUCUGCACAGUUUGAUGAGAAACAUGCUUCUGUAAUUCCAAAAGCUCCAGGGAAUGCUCAACACCCAGUAGAAUCCGACAUUAGUACUGCAACUAUAACUAAUAAGGGAAUGACCAUUCCCAUGUCACUGCAGCCAAAUUUCUUCACACCAGUUAGGAAUGGUGGUGCAUCAUCUCAUGCUCCAUCUAGGCUGCCAUCUGAUUUGGAAAAUACAUCAUCCCAACCUCAGUCUCAGUUAUGCCAGACUAGAUCGUGUACCACAGUUGAUGGUGCUAUUGCAAGCGAUAAGCUGAAGGAAGAAGAGCUUACUAUCGAAGGUGGUACAAUUAGCAUCUCGACUGCAUAUUCUCAAGGGUUGUUAGAUACACUGACACAAGCACUGCAGCGUUCGGGCGUGGAUUUGUCACAGGCCAGCAUCUCUGUGCAAAUUGAGCUCGGUAAGAGAACAAGUAUUAGAACUACUGCAUCAACAUCCAUUACCAAGGAUAAUGAGAUUCCAUCAAGCAAUCAAGGAAUAAAACAUUUCAGAGUUGCAAGUGUCAAGGACUCUGACCAAGCCCAAAAGAAGCUCAAGACAAGCAAAAACUAAUAUGACAAAUUCCACUGUAUUCUUUCUUUCUUUCCUUAUAGACUAUAUUUAAUUCAUUUUUUUGGACGACCCUUGUGCCAUCUUUGGAGGGUACUUAAAUUCACGUCUGCUGGGUCCAUAAACAGUUGAGAGACCAAGGCUAAGGUUUAUUGUACAUGCAUUGUUUUAUGUUUAGUUUGUUGGGUAUAUAGAUCUCCCAACAAAAUAUUUGAUAUUUUUUCAUAGAAGCUUCCAUACUAAUGUUUGCGAAGCAGCUUUUUUUUUUUAGUUAAGCUUCCAUUCAUGUAAAGUUUUCUCCGCUAAUAUUAUUUGCCUUUGACGUGGUAGAAUUUAGGAUUUGUUUUUGUCCUUUAAACCUUUUUUUUGGCUGGCCUAUUGAAUGUAUAAGCUGUAACUUUCUUUAUAUGCACGAAGCAGAACAAAGGGUUCAAUGAAAGUCCUUUAUUGAAUGUAAAUGGAAAGAUGAUUUCAAUUUUAUUCUGACUCA